AUGGUCGAAGCUCAGAAAUAUAGAAUCGAACAGGAAAUGACCAAUUUGGUCAAUGAACUCGACAAAAGUCAUUUAAGGAAAAUGCAAGGUGACAUGCACAGAUGUGCGGCCCGGUGCUGUGAUGAUCCAAACUCAUCCUUAGAAAGAGUACACGGUUGUAUAGAGAAUUGCACUACAUCACUUAACCAAGCCAAUACCUAUGUACAGAAUGAAAUCAAUGUUCUUCAAAAUAGGUUGCAGCGCUGCGUGAUGGAUUGUAAUGAUUCUGCUCGCGACAGGCUUGGACCAGAUCCCAGCCAAGAAACGAUCGACAAGUGCACGAUAGAUUUUGAGAAGUGCGCAGUCAAGUGUGUGGACAAGCACAUAGGUUUGAUUCCCAGCAUGAUGAAAACUAUGAAGAAAGUAUUGGCUAGUGGAAAACCGCCGCCGGCGCAGAAUGCUUAA